AUUAUAGGCGUUGGUUCUUAUUUCCUAGUAAUGAUCGAAAAUUGCUUGAAGAGCGACAAGCAGCUGUAAAAUAUUUUGUGUCUUCAAAAAAUGCAGAUAUUAUGAAUACCUUACAAGGAAGUUUGAAACAUAUAAAAUAUUUGCCCAGAAUUAUAACUCGUAUGAAAACUGCUCAAGCAUCCAUGAAUGACUGGCAGUCACUAUAUAAGACUGCUUAUCAUGCUAUGUUAGUUGGUGAAAUUUGUCGUUCACGUUCAAAUAGCUUGGAAAUUUUUAAGCAGAUAAGUGUAGUAUUUUCAACUGAUUUGUUUCGAAUUGCAAGCUUAUUGAACAAAAUUAUUGAUUUUGAGGAGUAUGCAAAACAGAAUCAUUUUGUUGUGAAACCUGGUGUAGAUAGCGAAUUAGAUAAAAUGAAGCGAACCUACAAUGGCCUUCCAGAUUUCAUGACUCAAGUGGCUUACCAAGAAUUGCAAGAUCUCAGUCAAGACGUCCAACAAUGCAGUGUUAUAUACCUUCCACAAUUAGGUUACUUGUUAGCCAUUCCUGCUACUGAACAUAUGAAAGGAGCCAAAGAUUAUUCUAUCCCAAAUCUGCGAUUCAUGUUCAUUGUGAAUGAUAUUGUACAUUAUAAAAGUGCUAAUACCAAAAAAUUGGAUGCCCUCCUUGGUGAUACACUUUGUGAUAUUUAUGAUAAAGAAACACAAAUAAUGCACAAACUUCAGGAUGUUAUUUUAGAAAUGAAAGAUGUUCUCAUUGGUGUGAUGGAAUAUGCUGCUAAACUGGAUUGCCUGAUUGCUCUAGCUGUAACUGCGAAAGAAUAUAACUGGGUUCAGCCUGAAAUAUCUAAUGAUGGAGAUUUUGUAGUUGAAAAAGGAAGGCAUCCACUGCAAGAAAUGUGUGUUCCUUCAUUUGUUGCAAAUGAUAUUUACAGUGGAGGCAAUGAAAGUAAAAUAAAAAUUUUGACUGGUCCCAACUCUAGCGGAAAAAGCAUCUAUUUAACACAGAUUGCUUUGAUAGCUUUUAUGGCUCAUGUUGGAAGCUUUGUACCUGCACAAAGAGCAAAAAUUCCAACAUUGGAUAAAAUUUUUACCUGCAUUUAUUCAGCUGAAUCUGUUUCUCUCAAUUUAUCAGGUUUUUUAAUUUCUCUGAAUCAGUUUUCUGGUGCUUUAAAUAAUGCUACUGGAAAAUCUCUAGUUAUUGUAGAUGAAUUUGGUAAAGAUACUGAAUCAGAAAGUGGUUUGGCUCUUUUGAUAGCUAGUUUGGAAUUUUGGGUUCAGAAAGGAUUAGCAUCUCCUCAUAUCUUUCUUGCUACUCACUAUCAGUCUCUGAGUACUUUUUUCUCUCAAUCUUUGUCGAUUAAAUUCCUGACAAUGGAUGUUAUUGAAAAUGAAGAAGAUCUAGCAUUUCUCUAUCAGCUAGUAGAAGGUACAGCAACAUCUAGUUUUGCUUCCUUUACAGCACUGAAAGCUGGGCUGUCUAAAAAAAUAGUGAAAAGAAACCUGAAAAUUGCUGAAGCUCUUAAAGCAAGAGAACCAGUUUUUCCUGAAGAAUCCAGUUGGGUCCAUGAUAAAUUAAGAAGGUAUUUUACUAUUUUUGAAAAGUUUUCAACUCUUGAUAUACAUAUAAGCAAUCCUCAAGAUUUUUUGCAAUUUGUCAAGGAAGCAGUCACUGAACCACACACCAUAAUUCAUCACAGUUGAAAAGAAAUAAAAUUAGACCACUAAAAAUAUCUUUUUCAUUAAUUAAUUAUAAUUUAAUAACCUUCAGCAACUACAUGAUUUAUUCUUGUAAAAAUAAAAGAAAAUAACCAUUAAUGAUGCAAAGUUUGUUUUUUUUUCAUUUAUGUUAUCAAAAAAUAUUAGCAUUUUAA